AUGAGUUUGAGUUAUGAAGAGAGUAGACAGAAUGAGAUCAUAGAAACGGUGAAAGCACAAGUCUCUAAAGCUACUAAUGCAAAAAAUAAUAACAAACUUGUCACAGUCAAAGCAACAAGUAAGAAAGCUUCUUCUGUUGAAGAUAGGUCUUUCAAUAUCUUCCUUUCAGACCUAGACGUCCUUGAUUCCUUAAUUUGCUUUGAUCGCCUCAUCAUUCCAGUCUAUCAGUGUAAAAAUGGUCAUAUUGCUUGCUCUGUUUGCUGCCGUCGCAUUUUUAACAAGUGUGGCUCAUGCUCCUCCUUACUAAUUAGUACGAAAUAUUGCAGAGCCUUGGAGAAAGUAUUAGAAUCCGUUAAAGUUUCAUGUCCCAAUGCCAAACACGGUUGCAAGGACACAUUGCGUUACAAUUGCGACUCUGUUUCCUUGUUUUUGGAUCUACCUACCUACUUCACAACUGAAUAUGGUUUCUCUGCCAGCGCCGGAGUGAGAUUUUUGUACGAUAAACCAUUCAAUGUGACACUCAAGUCUGAAGAUGAAACUAUUAUAUUUCAAGAAGACACUGGUAGCAAGUUGUUCAUACUCCACAAUCUUGUGAUCGAUCACGGAAAUGCUGUUAAUGUUUGUUGA